AUGGAAUUGUACGGAGAGCUCUACGACUGUGACGAGUUGCUGGACGAGUAUAAUGCAGACUGCGGGGAUGGAAGAAGUCACUUGGGGGAAUCCCUCAUGGGUGAGGAUACCACUGCUGAGUGUAUAGAGAACGAAGCGCACGUGAAAAACAUAGAGGUAGACAUAAAGAGCAACCAGAAAAACAUAUCGACCCAGUACCUAUUCCUUUACAUUAAUACAUUUAAACAAAAAAAUAUAAAAAGUGACAAAAUUCUUUACGUUGUUAAUUUCUACGACAUCCACAUGAAGAACGAUGCUAAAAAUGUUCUCGAGACGGAGAAGGACAUGGUGGAGUAUUGCUUGGAAAAUGUUUCGAAGGCAAAAAGGGGAGACAGAAAAGGCCAUGACGACGAUGAUGGUGAUGCGGAUGAUCAUCAUCGUGGUGAUGUGGAUACCGUGUCGGGCAGGCAGCGCUCCAACAAGUACUACCUGUUUAAGAUAUACGAAACGAUUUUGAAGUACUUCCCAUUCAGCUUCAAGCUUUGGUAUCACUACCUAAAGGACCGCAUAGAAUUAUUGAGCGGCGUUUACUAUGACGAGAAGGAGGAGUAUGAAGAGGUGAAUCGAGUGUUUGAACAGUGCAUCCUAUACAUGUACCACUUCAAAGCCUUCUACCUUUUGUACAUACAAUUUCUUUACCUCCAAAGGAAGGUACAAAAGAUAAGGCUAACAUUUAACCUUGCCUUACAAAACGUCACCCUGAAUCAACACGAAGACCUUUGGGAGUACCAGCUCAAGUACAAUAAAAAAAUAAAAAGCAAGUUAAUAAAUUACGAGUACAUUAAGCGGUACGUGACGAUUUAUCCGGAGAAUAUUGUUUAUCUUUUUAAUCACUAUGUCAAGUACAAAAUGUGUAAGCAUGCUCUGAACACAUUUUUUUAUAUAAUCAGUUGUGAUGAGGAGGAAAAUCUUGAAUUGGGAGAUAAAUCGAUAUAUGAUUUGUACAAAGAAUUAUUUGAUCUGAUCAGUUCACGUAAAGUAUUGGACAACGACGUGGUAGUAACAUUGAGGAAAAACUUCAACACCUUUAAACGAUAUGAAAAUGUUACAUCCAUUUAUACGUUGCUUGCAAAUAGCUUCGUAUAUGAGGGUCGUUGGAACAAGGCCAUGGAUGCGUAUGAAGAGGGCAUCUUGGAGUGCUACACGGUGAACGACUUCUCCGUUCUGUUCGAGGGGUACAUUGAGACGAUGAAGAUACUCAUUGAGUUGAAGAUGCGAGGGGGGGACGGACAUGAAGUGAGAAGUGAUAGUGAGGAGGACAGUGAUGGAGGCAUGCGUGGCCGACUCCCUUCCGGUGAAGACGACUCCAUGGUCGACCUCUACAUGGACAAAAUAAAUUACCUGUUAGACAAACGAAAGGCAUUCAUAGCAGAUAUCAAAUUGAAGAACAACCAGAAGAAUGUUUACGUUUGGUUAGGCAAAGUAGACGCAGUGGAAACGGCGGAGGAGAAGGUGGAGCUCUACAACAGAUGCUUAAAGCAUUUUCAAGAUGGGGAUUACUCUGGUCGACUGAGCGACGUGUACAUAAGUUACGCAUAUUUUCAUUACAACCGUAACGAGUACGACAAAGCAGUGAAUGUGUUCAAUAGAGCUGUCCGCGAUGAUAAUUUUAAAACGUUAAAUGAAAUUUCAAGUGUGUAUUGCUCUUGGAUAGAGGUAGAGUUACUGGAGGGUAAUUUUAAAAAGGCGUUGCGAAUAGCCAGGUUGGUUAUCGAUCUUAGUAACGAUGUAGGGGGAGGUGGUAGUGGUAGUAGGAGGAGGGGUAGGAUGAUGAAUUUUACAGGGGAAGGGAUAUACGAAGAAAGUGAAUCACUUAGCGGAAGAAAUAUCCUCAUGAUACGAGAUGACCAUGUGGGAAACCUCAAUCAAAAUUUCAGCCUUUUAAAUAAUAUAAAGUUAGCAUGCCUUGUCCUUGAUCUGGAAAUAAAUUAUGGUACCAUUGAAACUUGUAUAAAUCUGUUUGAUCUGUUGUACCACAAAAAGAUCAUCACGGUGAGGAUGGUCCUGUCCUUUGCCAACUACCUGUAUGAAAACAAGUAUUUUUAUGAAUGCUUCAAAACGUAUGAGAAGGCCAUUUCCAUCUUCCAUUAUCCUUACCUGUACCCCGUGUACGUACACUAUAUAAAUAAAUAUGUGGAACGUUACAAGGAUAAGAAUAUUUCUUAUGUGCGUGAGUUGUACAAACAAGCCAUUUAUGGAGUAGAUGAAAAAACAUUUAUCCCGAAGGAAUUUGCAAAAAUUAUUUUCCUUAUGUAUGCCUCUUUUGAGGAGAACUACGGGUUUUUGAAGAGGUCCCUUUCCAUUUACAAGGAGGCCGUUCCUUUCCUGCCCGAGCCGGACAAAAUCAAGUUUUACAAGCUCUUCAUUUCGAAGGUCUCCAAGUCGUACGGAGUACACAAGGCAAGGGAAGCCUUUGAAGAGGCCAUUCAGACUUUGAAGGACGACGAUGCGCGUGAAAUAUGCCUCUUGUACAUUGACAUGGAGUACAAGCUGAACGAGUACCAGCGUGUCCGGGCGCUUUACAUAUACACAGCGCAGUUCACCAACCCCUCUGUGCACGUGUCCUUUUAUCAGGACUGGCGAGAAUUUGAAGCGCUGCACGGAAACGAGCACACCUUCAGGGACAUGAUAAGGAUCAAGAGGAGUGUCCUCAGCCUAUUCUCAAACUCGCGCAGCGGUAACAAGCCAUUGGGCAUGUUGGAGAACGAUGAUGUGAACGGUUUGGAAAGUACUAAGAUAAAAUUGCAGGAGAUGAUUGACAAUGAGGAGAACGCUCAGAAAAAGGUCAAGGUGGGUUGA